UCUCCAAAGGGAACGGAACACAGAAGUACUUGCUAGAAAUGUUCUCCUAUAGUCUUUGGUGCCUGCUGACCGCCUUGGGAUGUGCUCUUGCCUUCAUAGAGAUACCUAAAGAAUACCUUGCAGAUAUAAGGGCCGAUCAGGCGGAUGAGAGCGCAGCUGGUGAGUAUAACUACGAUGAGCAAGGCGAUGACUGGCAGGGAACUUGCGCCACUGGCCAGAAACAGUCUCCCAUAGAUUUGAUUCUUCAGGAUUCCAAAGUCAGUUCUAUAAGUCGUCUGCGUUUCAACUACUAUAAUCAAUCGCUGCGCACGCCUUUGGUGAUAACGAAUAAUGGACACACAGCAAACAUGGUCUUACCUGUUACCCGAGAUGGCCAUCGACCUUAUAUAAAUGGCGCCUUGCUGCCCGGGGAUUUUGAGGCCCAGAGUGUACACUUCCAUUGGGGAUCACGGAAUACCAAGGGUUCGGAGCAUGCCAUUAAUUUUGAGCGCUUCGAUGUGGAAAUGCAUAUUGUCCAUAAGAACAAGCGCUACGACACCAUGGCUGAGGCUACCCAGAAUUGGGAUGGUCUGGCCGUUUUGGGGGUGAUGUUCAAGUCAGUUAAUCGGCUGACUACCCAGAAUUAUGGUCUCAAUAAAAUCUUCAAUCAGCUGCCGCGUAUUGUCCAGUAUCAGGCGAAUGCCACAAUUACGGGUCAACUGAAUGUGGGACAACUUUUGGGUAAUAUUGUAACAGGACAGUUUUACACAUACAAUGGAUCUCUUACCACACCGGACUGUGCGGAGGCUGUGACUUGGACUGUCUUCGAUGAUGUUCUCGAGUUCCCCCAUCGUCAAAUCGCUAAGCUUUGGAACCUGAGGGAUUCGAGGAGAAAGCCAUUGAUAAACAAUUAUCGCAGCUUGCAGGAUACCAAUCCUGAACUUAGAGAUGUAUUCUAUCGUGUUAUACAAGACAGCAAUUAAAAAAGCAUUUUUUCUUAAA